AUGUGCUCUUGCUCCGCCGGUCUGCUCCGAGGAGGGAGCUUCGCGAUCGCCGGUCCAGCCACUGGGCUCAGGCACGGCGGGGGAUUAAGGCGGCGCCGCCUCCAGGGAAGCGAUCGUACGAGUUUCGCCGCCUCCAUGUCUUCCUCGGUGGCGGGAGGACCCGACCAGGAAGCCUCGAGGCACUACAUCGGCGGGUUCCUGGCGAGGAGAAGCUACGAGCCUCCUGCUUGGGCUUCCCAACUCAGCCCCGUUCCCUCCUUUGUCUAUAACCUCGGUCAUGUAAGCAUCUUCCUCUUCCCCGCCGCCUUUUUUCCUGCGGGGAGAGACGUGUUGCUCCGGCAGAUCCCCUUUCUUCUCUCGAUGAGUGCUCAUCUUGUCUCCUUCUUCACCAGUUUCCCACUCCUAUUCACAAGUGGAAUCUUCCCGAUCUGCCGGAAGGGACUGAAGUCUGGAUUAAGGUAAUUAGCCGAUUUCCCAUCCUAUUCUUGUUUUGGAGUGAAUCGCUCGACCUUUCUGGGUUUUCUGCCUGUACCUUGACAAAAUGCCUUCGGAUAUCAUCAGCGAGACGAUCUCUCGGGGAUGCAGUUGAGUGGGAACAAAGUGAGGAAGCUGGAAUUCCUUUUGGCCGAUGCUGUGGCACAGGGAGCUGACUGCAUCGUCACCGUCGGGGGUAUACAGAGCAACCAUUGUCGUGCGACGGCUGUCGCUGCAAGAUACUUGAACCUCGACUCGUACCUGAUAUUACGCACCGCGAAGGUCCUCGUCCUUCCUCAGCAUCAUCCCAUUGUAAAUGCAGAGGGGAUCAGCAGCGCUCGCGUAACAAUGGUUGGUGCCCUUACCUAAAUUUCACCGAUUCGGCUAAUCUGAUGCAGAGGCUGGUAGACGACGACCCUGGUUUAACGGGCAAUCUUCUGGUCGAACGAUUGGUGGGAGCACACGUCGAUCUCAUCUCAAGAGAAGAAUAUGCGGCAAUCGGGAGCGUGGUUUGUCUCUCAUCUCAUCUGGACUUGUCAUGAAUUCAUAAUCUGCAAUGGUCUGAACCAUACUUAACUCACCCAUCAGAAAGAGCUUCACGGUAAGCAGAGUGGGAUCCAAGUCACAAUCUGUAUGCCCAGAUAGAGUAGACGAAUUCUUCCCCAAUCAGAAUGCAACAAAAAACAUAGAGUCAGAUCAGUCAGUCUACGAAGUACAUACAUAAGCUUAGCAAAGGGGUCCCUGUCGUUAAAAUGAUCUGGAUCUUAUGAGCGGGGAUCUCGCCGUCAGACAUCUAUGCCCGAGUCCACGUAGAAACCUUUGUACAUUGGUUUCCUCACUAUUGUAUCUGUCUGAAAAGUACUUGAGACGUGACGGGUCAUAUCAACUAUUGCAAUCUGACUUUCCGGGUGACAAAACAAGGUACAAAUAUCAAAAAAGGACACUCAUCAGUGAAAAUGAUUUUAUAUUAGAAAAAAAAUACUAUUAUUCUUUUACAUCCUAUUUAUCUAUUUAUUUAAUGUUCUGUUGCUGUUAACUUUCAUGUUUCAUGCAUGUUUAGUUUCCUCAUGGAAUAUAAUGCUCAUGGUUUAUUUUGUUCAGGUUCUCGCUGACUUGCUCAAGGAGAGGCUGGUAAAUGAAGGGAGAAAGCCAUAUAUAAUUCCUGUUGGUGGCUCAAAUUCUCUAGGCACCUGGUGAGAUUAAAGCAGUACCUAGAACUGCUAUCAUCUGGGCAUGAAUGUUGCACGCUUUGAAAAACAUUGACGAAGCCAGUUAUAUUGAAAUUCAGUGGAGGACAUGGCCAUUUCGUGGAGCCUUGCCCUUUUUUAAUCUGAAUGACAAACAAUUUGUUAUCACAGUGACUAGGUGAAUGAUGAUGAUAGAUAAUAAUAGUAAGUUUCCACGAAUUUGGUCAUCAUUCUUCUUUCUCAUUAUCAUGAGCCAUGCAUAAACUGAACCAAAUUAUUGAAGAUAAAAAUAAGUUGAGAUAGAAAAUAAGCUAGAAAAAUGUAUGCAUCUCCUUGCCAAAAUGCUUGGUUUUUCAGGUUCUUAUCUAAUUACCUCUGAGCCCUAUUAUUACUUUUAACGUAGGUAAUUUUUUCUCAGGGGCUAUAUUGAAGCUAUUCGGGAAAUAGAGCAACAAGUUCAGAAGGGGCAAGGUGAUGUUGACUUUGACGAUAUAGUCGUUGCAUGUGGCAGGUCAUCCUCAACUCUCUAGCUUCAAUUUUUUCCUGAAUAGGAAACUUUACAUUCAGAAUUUUCCUUUAGACUGGCCAUAUGGGUCAUGCAUACUUCAGCAUCCAUCAAUUGGGAGGUUUCUAUUAUUAUUUCGUUGCUUUUUUUCCCCCAUGGUAAAAUACUUAUAUUGUGGCAGUUCAUCUUCUCUUUCAUUUGACUUGUUAGAAUACUGAUACCACCCAAUAACUUUUCUAUGAAUUAUCAUUUUUUAAGUACUACUAGAUGUAGAAGAAAUAUAAGGGCGUGAAUAACACACUGUGUUCUGUAUCUUUCUUACUCUUACUAGUCCAACCUUUAUCUGAAUGCAUACGGGUUCUUUAUUUCUUCCAUUUCAUCUCAUGCCUUCUAGCAACCAAACUCUGGAGUAGCUUCACGGUUUAGAUUAGGUGCAAUGUCGAGAAUGUCUCUUGAUUCUACUAUUAAUAUUAUUAUGUCUGUCACUAUGUUCAUGCAGCGGAGGAACUAUCGCUGGUUUAUCGUUGGGAUCAUGGCUGAGCAAAUUGAAAGCAAAAGUAUGUGUCGAUGGAACUCUCUUGACCCAGCAUGAUCGGUGGUGUGCCCGUUGACAUAACGGGUGCUUCAAAUAAUGCAGGUCCACGCCUUCUCUGUGUGUGACAGUCCCGACUACUUCUACGAUUAUGUUCAAGGCCUGAUUGAUGGGCUUCAGGCGGGUCUUUCUUCAAGGGACCUGGUUGACAUCAGAGAUGUGAGUGCCCUCCACGAUCACAUGGAUUGGUCACCCUAUUGAAUCAAUUUUGUUCAAGUUUUUAACUCAGAGAUGAUUGCAUUUCAAUUCCAUUAGGGUGGUGCUCUAGUGAGAUUAUUUCAAGAAAAAUAAUACCUGAAUUGAAAUAUAAAUCACAAAUUAGCUCGCUUGUAAUCAUAAAAGCAUUUUUUUGUCAAAGAAGAAUGAUGCAAAUUCCAAUUUUUUUUCAACCGUAUCUGUUAUAAAUCUAUUCAUGUUUAAUAUCGAUGAAAAAUUAGCUCGCUUGCAAUCAUAAAAGCAUCAUCAAAAGAGAAUGAUGCAUGUUUGGGUGGAUCCAGAAUGAUGCAAAUUGACCUCUCUAUGUUCCUUUUUAAAAAAAAAAAAAACCUUAUCUGUUAUAAAUCUAUUCAUGUUUAAUAUCGAUCACAAAUUAGCUCGCUUGGAAUCAUGAAAGAAUCAUCAAAAGAAACAUGUGUUAAAGAAUGAUGCAAAUUCAUCUCUCUAUAUUCCAUUUUUUUUUUAUACCUUAUCUGUUAUAAAUCUAUUCAGGUUUAGAGUUUUCUGGUGAUCGGAGAUUUGAGAACGUUGACUAUGUAUGCGAAUGCCAGGCUCAGCCUGUUUAAAGAGUGUCUUCUUACUGUGUCUUCUCAGGCUAAGGGUCUUGGAUACGCCAUGAGCACCACUGAUGAGCUAAAAUUUGUCAAACGAGUGGCUGAAGCCACAGGAGUUGUUCUCGAUCCUGUCUACAGGUAUGCCACAAUGCCCGCUCAUUACUCUUUAUUUAUGGUUUUCUGAAAUCUUUUUGGGUCUCUCUCUCUCUCUCUCUCAUCUUUCUCUCUCUAAGAGACGCAUGAGAGGGGCUGAGCUGGACCCGGGCUUCAUUUAUGGAUUCGGGCCGGAGCCCAUUGUCUUAACUUUCUCCGGGCCUCAUGAACGGCCCAUCGACUCCCCUGGCCGAUACCAUCUUUCUCCGAAGAACCCUCUUAACACGCUGGCUCCAUCUCUCUCUCUCUUCUCUUUCUCUCUCUACUGAAGACCUCCUCCUCCCCGUUCCUCUCCCUACAUACCCAGCCUCAGAUCUGGGAUCUGAUUUGGAUUAGGGUUUCACGAUCUGCAUCAAAUUCCCUCGGACAUGAACUGGGUAUGGAACAAAUCAUCCAACUUGAUGCCCUUAUUUCGCAGUGGGAAGGCAGUUUAUAGGAUGCUGAAGGACAUGGCGGAGAACCCGGCGGCGUGGAGGGGCCGGAGGGUCCUCUUCGUCCACACCGGCGGCCUCCUGGGGCUCUACGACAAGGUCGAGGAUGUGGCGCCGAUGCUCGGCAACUGGCGGCGCAUGGCCGUCGGAGAUGCCGUCCCCCGCCGUGACGGCGCCGGAAAGAUGUUCUGA